AUGAAUACCGAAUUAUCAAUUAAAAUUUUACACGAUCAACAAAAGAAUUUAUUACCAAGAGGUUUCAACAAAGGAGAAGAUUACACAAGUAGAUAUCAAGUCAAUUAUGAAGAGAAUAAGAAACGAUGUGUCAGUUGUUCUCCCAAAAAUUGUUGUAAAAGAAGAAAAGUUGCAACCAACGAUUUUUCAAAUCCUGCUGAAAAAUGCUUUGAUGCUAGAAACCUGGUUUCAGUCGGUAACUUGAAGUCAGGUAGGAUGACAAGCCUGUUGAAAUACCAUUAUAAAGAAAGGCCAACAAAAAGAGUCUCCUGGAGUGACGAGAUUAUUUGGGAAGAACCUGAUAAUUAUGUUGAAACCCCAGAAGCCAACUCCAUUCAUAUAUCCUUAUAUGAAUCAACUUUUAUGCUUCACGCUGGUAAACGUGUUUGCUUUUAG